AUGAAUGCCUCCGAUCAUGGGUUCAAUCCAGCGUUUAAUAUGGCCACCAUACGGCAAGCCAUCAACGAAACGAUAGAACGAGUACGGAUUCCGACGCCAACCCGCCUGCGGGAUCUCAUCCGACAGAUCCGUGCCGCCCGGACAGCGGCCGAGGAGCGUGCCGUAGUGAACCGCGAGUGCGCCUACAUCCGCAGCACAUUCCGCGAGGAGGACUCCGUGUGGCGAUGUCGCAACAUCGCCAAGCUGCUGUACAUACACAUGCUCGGCUAUCCGGCCCACUUCGGGCAGCUCGAGUGCCUCAAGUUGACGGCCAGUCCGCGGUUCACCGACAAGCGUAUCGGCUAUCUGGGUGCGAUGUUGCUGCUCGACGAACGGCAGGAUGUCCACCUGCUAAUCACCAACUGUCUCAAAAAUGACCUCAACAGUCCGACGCAGUUCGUCGUGGGGCUGGCGCUUUGUACGCUCGGUGCGAUCGCAUCACCGGAAAUGGCCCGGGAUUUGGCGGGUGAGGUGGAAAAGCUAAUGCGCUCGCCGAACGCGUACAUCCGGAAAAAGGCUGCCCUUUGUGCGUUCCGGAUCAUCAAGCGGGUCCCGGAGUUGAUGGAGAUUUUCCUUCCUGCCACGCGGUCGUUGUUGAACGAGAAAAAUCACGGCAUCCUCAUUGCUGGCGUUACCCUCAUCACGGAGAUGUGCGAAAAGAGUACCGACACGCUGAAUCAUUUCAAAAAGGAUAGUGGAAAUCAAGAGAUCGUGCCGAAUCUGGUACGAAUCCUGAAAAAUCUGAUCCUGGCCGGCUACUCACCUGAGCACGACGUGAGCGGUGUUAGCGAUCCGUUCCUGCAGGUAAAAAUCCUCCGUCUAUUGAGAAUCCUCGGUCACAAUGAUCCGGACGCGUCAGAGGCAAUGAACGACAUUCUGGCGCAGGUGGCAACCAACACGGAAACGAGCAAAAACGUUGGCAAUACGAUCCUAUACGAGACAGUGCUUUCCAUUAUGGACAUUAAAUCUGAAGGUGGCCUUCGCGUGCUGGCUGUUAACAUUCUCGGUCGGUUCCUGCUGAACAGCGACAAGAACAUACGGUACGUCGCGCUCAACACACUACUACGGACUGUGCACGCGGACAUCUCGGCCGUACAGCGCCACCGGAGCACAAUUCUCGAGUGCCUGAAAGACCCGGACGUUUCGAUCCGGCGGCGAGCGAUGGAGCUAUCUUUCGCGCUGAUCAACUCGCAAAACAUACGUGCGAUGUCGAAGGAGCUGCUCGUGUUUCUGGAGAAAGCUGAUCCGGAGUUUAAGGCGCAGUGCAGCAGUCGGAUGGUGCACGUGGCUGAGCGUUAUGCCACUUCCAUCCGCUGGAGGUUGGAUACGUUGCUGAGCGUCCUGAUAGCUGCUGGCAACUACGUACGAGACGACGUGGUAUCAUCGACGAUCCAUCUCAUUCUCAAUAGCCCUCCGGAAGAGCAGGCCUACAUUGGGAUACGAUUGUGGAGCUCAGUUCACAACGUGGCCAACUCGGAAGAGAAGCAACCGCUUCUACAGGUUGCCGUGUGGACGAUCGGCGAGUAUGGCGAUCUCCUGCUCAGCUCGGAACGGAUCGAAGAUGUUGAAAUUCCUGCAGAACAUCAGCUCGUCGACACCUAUCAACGGUUGCUUUGGUCUACCUCGGUUUCGACAACCACGAAACAGUACGCGUUGGUCUCACUGGCCAAACUUAGCACCCGUAUCCGGUCGAAGGAGGAGGAAACACGUGUGAAGCAGAUGAUUGAAGCGUUCGGUUCACAUUUGAACAUCGACUUACAGCAGCGUGGAGUCGAGUUUGCUCAACUAUUCCGCGACUAUAGUCACCUGCGACCGGCACUGUUGGAGAAGAUGCCUAAGAUACAGAAGACGCUACCGAACGGCACGGACGUCGAAGGAGGUGGUGCAUUUGAUGAUCAACAACCCACCAUCGAUCUCAUCGAGGGUGGUGACGAUGGAGACUCGUCUCUGAUGAUCAACACGAGUGGCAGUGUCGCAGUCAGCAAAAUGGGAUCCGACUCGCGCGCGCUACUCGAUCUCCUCGGUGGCGGUGACGAUCCGAUCGAUGGUUUGGGGCUUACUCCGACCGCGGAUGUGCUGAUAUCGGCUGGGGCGAACACAACCAACGGAAAACCGGUGACUGGCGCACUGCCCGUCACGAGUGGUAACAAUCAGGAUCUGCUGGAUCUGUUAGGCAGCCUCGAUAUGCCUGCGAGCACGCCCCCAGCAGCCGUCAAUUCGUCGGUCGGUGCUAGCACCCCACUCGGGGGCAUCGGGCUCGAUCUGAACAGUCUUAAUGAUAAUAGCAUUAAGAACGGUACGAGCAGCACCACUACAAGCACCGGCGGUAGUAAUCUGCUGGCCAACUCUUCUUCCUUCGGUGGCCUCGAUAAUUUGUUAAAUUCCAAUCUCUCACCAACGACGACGACGUCGCUGCCGCCAAUGUCGACCAUUCCCGGGCUGGGUUCGCCCUUGACAACCCUGGGCGGUAUCACUUCACCGACGUCACCCACGGCAAACGUGAACAGCACCAACGGAACCAGUUUGUUUAGUGAUUUCUCGGCAGCAGUAAUCAACAAUAACGAUGAACACGCCAAGAUACUGACCGCGCUGGACAAAAACGGCAUCCUUGUGCAGCUGUCCGCAAAGCAUUCGGGCGGUGCGUUACAGAUCCUUAUGACGGCAACCAACAAUUCGCUUACCACGCUCGAGCAGUAUCUGUUCCAGGCGGCCGUACCGAGAAGCUUCACUCUGCAAAUGCUCUCACCGUCUGGUUCGACGCUAGCUCCCGGUGGGACAAUAACGCAAGAGAUGCGUGUCACUAGUACGGCAAAGGCCACGCUAAGGAUGCGUCUGCGAAUAUCGUACCAGUCGGACGGCAACCCCGUUCAGGAGCAAACGGAAGUGUCCGGUUUCCCGGAAGAACCUACCGAAUGA